AGAAGAAGAGAAGAGAACUCAAUCCAGUGCUCACACUCCCAUUACUAGCUACUGGAGCUCCGAGAUGGAAACGACGUCGUCGUCGAGGACUUCGGAGGAGGAGGAGACAAAAGAGAUGGAGAAGCAUGAGAAGACGAAGACGAAGACUGAGAGUGAGACUCAGACGAAGAAGAAAGCUCUGGGAUGGAUGGAAUGGCUGAGAGGUUGGUUCUAUGUGAUUUACGAGAUUCUCUUCCAGAGAAUAACCGCCAGUCACUUGCAAAACCCUAUGCCUUUGCCUCCUAUCAACGACCUCACCUGCAUUGUCACCGGAUCCACCAGUGGAAUCGGCCGUGAAAUCGCCAGGCAAUUGGCGGAAGCUGGAGCGCACGUGGUUAUGGCGGUGAGGAAUACGAAAGCAGCGCAUGAGUUGAUCCAGAAAUGGCAGAACGAGUGGUCCGGGAUGGGUCUCCCUCUCAAUAUUGAGGUGAUGGAGCUUGAUCUUUUGUCUUUGGACUCUGUGGCGAGGUUUGCGGAAGCAUGGAAUUCUCGUUCAGGACCUUUGCAUGUUCUUAUCAAUAAUGCCGGAAUAUUUUCUAUUGGAGAGCCACAAAAAUUUUCAAAAGAUGGGUAUGAAGAACACAUGCAAGUGAAUCAUCUUGGUCCAGCAUUACUUUCAAUAUUGCUUUUGCCAUCUCUUGUCAGAGGCUCUCCAAGUCGAAUUGUUAAUGUGAAUUCUGUGAUGCACUAUGUUGGCUUUGUUGACACGGAAGACAUGAAUGUUGCUUCUGGGAAAAGGAAAUUUUCAAGCUUAUUGGGAUAUUCGAGCAGCAAACUGGCUCAGGUGCACUGUGUUUUAUCUUGUACUUCAUAACAGUUUGAUUAGCUG